AUGAACCAGGGCGGUAGAGGGCAGCGGGCUGGCCCUCUUCGGAGCCGUCCGGAGGUAGAGCCUGAUGGGGUCAGCUGUGGGGCAAGCGGCGCAGCCCCCCGAGAUGGCACCGUACGUCCGAACUCGAACCCUCACAGAAGGGAAAGAAGGAGCAUCAGCUUGGAUGGAACUCGUAGCCGUCCCGCUGAGGCACCAGUUUCACGAGAUGGAAGAGUACGAUGGUCGCAGGAGGAAAAUAUCCUCUUAAUGCGUACUCACUUUAUUGCUCAACAACUACAACAAGACACAGGAAGAACCUACAGAGAAAUUCUAACAACCACGUGGAAUGAGAUCAAUCCAUGGAGACCUUCCUACCCAAACCUUCUUGCCAACAGAAUAAGGCAGAUGUUGGAGAAUGAAAAAUUCUCCAGUGUUGAAUUGGAGGUCAUAAGGAAGAGUACCAGACCUUACACACCGAUUCCAGCAGAUGAUGAUAACACAAGCAAUGAGGAAAUUCACCUAGAACCUCAGAUUCAACCAACUACUCAGAACAAUAAAACGUCCCGACUCUUCGAGAAGAAUAUGAAGAUGUACUCAAGAGUGUCUCCACAGAAGAGACCCAGAAUACCUAGACUAAAGGGCUCAAGAAAAAUCCUUGAAAGCGUUGAAAGAACCAACAUGGCGAUGAAGGCGCACAUAACAGAUAAUUGUGCGAUUGAAGACCUGAUUGACUGUGUUUACGCGGGAGCGAUUACAGUGUGUGAGGAAAAUGGAAUUCAACUUUGUCGUGAAGAAUCCAGGCCGAAAGAGGAAAGAACACCGCCGUGGAGAAUACGCCUGGAAAGAAAAAUUAUCAGUAUCAGAAGAACGAUAGGCACGAUACAUACUUACCUGAAUAACAGCCAACCGACAAAGAAAAUAUGCAAGAAAGUAUCGCGCAUAGCCUCAGAACAUCACAUAAAGGGCCGCAAGGAGAAUUUACGGCAGCAACUUGUAAUACUAAGCGAUACCCUGAAACAGAAAAUUAAGGCAUUAGGAAAUCGCAUAAGGCGAUAUAACGAACGGGUUAGGAGAUACCGAAAUAACCAACUCUAUUACAAGAAUACCAAUCAAUUCUACCGCACACUGGAUGGGACAACAACGGACAAUAAAACUAAUCCAACGCCAGAAAGAAUGCAUGCAACGUGGAAAGAGAUAUGGGGCCAUGCAGGAGAUCACGAUGACGAGGCCUUUUGGAUCAGGGAAGCGGAAACUGAAUCGCAUAAAUAUACCAUGGAACAAGUUAUCAUAACUAAGGAAGACAUAAAAACAGUACUCAAAAAAACAAACAACUGGUCUGCACCCGGAACAGAUGGUAUACAUAACUACUGGUGGAAGUAUUUCAACUCAACACAUGACAACCUGGCGAAGCUUUUUCAGGAAGCCCUAAAGAACCCAUCAAUUAUACCUGAUUCCUGCACACUUGGCAUCACCUACAUGCUUCCCAAAGGAACUGAUAAUGAAGACCCUAGAAACUACCGACCAAUAACAUGCCUGCCGACGAUAUACAAAAUACUAACAGGAGUUCUCACUCAAAAGCUGUGGCGGCAUGUGGGAAAAUACAACAUCAUGGCACGAGAACAAAACGGAUGUCGACGAGAUGCAAAAGGGUGUAAAGACCUAUUAAUCGCUGACACAAUAAUAACAAAGCAGGCAAGGAAAAAACAGCGUAACUUGUCCAUGGCGUGGAUUGAUUACAAGAAAGCAUACGACUCCAUACCACACUCGUGGCUUAAGAAAGUUCUAAAAUUAUAUGGCGUAUCGGAAACAGUAAUCAAUCUACUCGAACAUCUGAUGCAAACAUGGAGAACUAAACUGAGUGUGGAUACGAACAAAGGGAACUAUACAACGGAAGAAAUCAGGAUCCAAAGAGGAAUAUUCCAAGGGGACAAGUUGAGCACCUUAUGGUUCUGCCUCUCUAUAAAUCUCCUAAGUAAGCUGCUGAACCAAUCCAAAUAUGGCUACGUAAUAGAGAGAAGAAACAACACCAAAAUCAACCACCAACUAUACAUCGACGAUCUCAAACUGUAUGCUGCCAACGAAGAUCAACUGACAAGAGAACUGAAAAUAGUGGCAUCCUUCACUGACGCCAUUAAAAUGGAGAUGGGACUGGAUAAGUGCGCUGUGGUACACAUGAGGAGAGGAAAGAUACGAGAAGGAGAAGCGCUAGAAAUACAGGAGCAACUAACAAUCCGAACAUUGAGCCCAGAGGAAACUUACAAAUACCUGGGUAUCCAACAGGGCUUAGAAAUAAACACUAACGAGGCCAAGACUACCUUCAAGCACAAAUUCUUUGGCAGACUGAAGAAAAUAUUACAAAGCAAGCUCAACUCCAAAGCAAUGUUCACAUCCAUCAGCACUUGGGUAGUGCCAUGCUUAGCAUAUUCCUUUGGAAUAAUAAAGUGGUCAACCACCGACCUAAGAGCCAUUGACAUCCAAGUAAGGAAGCUUUUAACUAAGUAUGGAAUACACCAUCCAAACGCCUCCAGCAACAGGCUCUAUAUAUCUAGAAAAGAUGGAGGAAGAGGACUACCGAACAUUGAAAUGGCUCAUUAUAACACUGUGAAGGAAAUGAAGAAAUAUUUUAAAUCGAAAAACUCACCUCUCCUUAAAGCACUAUCAGCAGAAGAUGACAAUAUAACAGCACUCAACCUGUCAUCUAACAGUUAUCCUAGUGAACCAUCCAACAUCCAAGAGUUAUCCAACAUAUGGCAUGGCAAAGCACUUCAUGGCAGAUUCCCAACAGCACUAAAACAUAAGAAAGUCGACAAACAAAGAUCGCUCACGUACCUAAGGGCUGGUUACCUUUUCCCAGAAACUGAAGGCAGAUUAACAGCAAUUCAGGAUCAGGUUAUACCCACCAGAGCGUAUCAGAAAAACAUAAUCGGGAAAAAGUUAACCACAGAUAAGUGUCGCAAAUGCUCGCUAUCACCUGAGACUAUACAGCAUGUAACGUCAUCCUGCCCCAUCCUCGCACCCAAAGAGUACACAGACCGCCACAACGCUAUGGCGAAGGCAUACCAUCAAGCUAUUGCCAAAAAGUAUGGAUUAGUCAAAUCAACUCUACCAGUUUAUAAGUACUUACCUAAGGAAAUACUGGAGAAUGAACAGGUAAAACUCUACUGGGACCACCCACUUGUAACGGACAGAUCAAUUCCUCAUAAUCGUCCAGACAUCGUACUUUUCGAAAAGACACAGAGGAAAGUAACGAUUGCAGACAUAACAGUACCAGCUGAUGACAACAUCGAGAAGGCAUAUACGGAGAAGAUAGUGAAAUAUCAUGACCUUGCCUUCGAACUGAAAGAAAUUAAUAGACUUACCUGUACCACAAUUCUUCCACUGAUUAUCACCACCAAUGGCCUGGUUGAAACACAUCUGCUGGAAAACACUAAAAAGCUCGGCCUCGAAGAACAUGUGAUUGAUGACGCACAGAAGGAAGUGAUCCUAUGGACUACACGCAUCGUGCGUAGGUUCCUGACGAGCAAUUGA